UAAGAUAUGAUAUAGGAUAUGAUGAGGAAAAUAAAGUAAAAACUGCAAAUGGAAAAUUAGAAUCUUUUAAAAUAACAAUAAAAGACUGUUAAAAAAUAAAAUGGCAGUGUGCUCUGAUUCUCAGUAAGCUAAAGACCAAGUAAGAACAGUGAGACACAAAACAGCAUGGAGAAGCAGAAAAGAAAGCAAGCUCAUCAGGAUACUGAUGCUUCCCUCUCUAACUCAGCCACCAACACCAACAACCAGUCAGAGUCUUGCUCUUGGGAGUGCCCUCCCUCUUCCAGAAAGCAUUUUAAUUCAGGUUCCAGGAUGAUCUCCACUCGCCGUGCAUCCGCAAAGAGACUUGCAGAAAUUGAAAAAAUACCUGUUUCAAGAUGUUCACAGCCUCGGAUAUCGAGAGAACAUUGCUCUGCCACAAAUGUCUUCCAACAGCCUGAUGAUCCAGUUGACACUGGUAUUUCGGCUAUUCAAGUUCAAGCAGGUUCUGUUGCAGAAUCCCCUCCAAGACUUCUUAAACAAGUUGCUGAUCAACCUUCCACUUUCACACCAGAAAUGGGACAUGAAGAGACUGAGAAGGUUGGAAAUCUCAUUCCAAAGAGACUUACAGAAAUUGAAAAAACACCCGUUUCAAGACGUUCACGGCCUCAGAUAUCAAAAGAACAUUGCUCCGCCUCGAAUGCCUUCCAACUUCCUGAUGAUCCCGUUGACACUGUCAUUUCUGCUAUUCAAGUUCAAACAGGUUCUGUUGUAGAAUCCCCUUCAAGACUUCUCACACAAGCUGCUGAUCACUCUUUCAAUUUCACACCAGAAAUGAGACAUGAAGAGGCUGAGAAAGUUGGGAAUAUCAUUGCAACAGAGAACGACACAGUUGAUAUACAAGAAAUGGAGAAAGCACAUGAGGCUGGGAUAAAUUCAAAUCACUUGAAUCAAAUGGAAUGGCAGGAGACAGUUUUAGCAGAAUGUAGCCCUCUUAAAAAGUCUCCUUUGGCAAAGGAGUUUCAAGUAUCAAAUACCCUUGAGGAAGGAGCGAAUAAGAAUCAUAGCAAGUCUAGUUCAAUGUAUGGGUCUCCAUCCUCAUAUUUCAGCUUCAAUCUAACUGGAAUAGAUAAUAUGUUGGAGAAUGAAGAUGAAGUUGAUUCUGUUAGACAGAGCUCGUCUAUGGACACAGUGGAAGGAUAUGAAGUGAAGCCCAAUUUGAUGCCCAUAUUAAGUAAAAUUCUCAACAAGCAUGGAGAUAUUGCUGAGAACUGUGUGGUAUUGACAAUGAAAUACCGUUCAAAGUUGUUGGAGGUGAUAUGUGAAAUUAUCUCAGAGUUGCAGGACAAGGAAUUUGGUAAGAUCAAAGAUGACAACUUGCGUGAGAUGAUCGCUCUUGUCAAUGAAAUAAAAAAUCUAAAGGUAGACAUUGAGUGGCUUCACCAGAGACUAGUUCAGAUACUUGAGGCAAGGCAGAUUCUUAAACAGUCGGGUGUGCUGAAAGAGAAAAAAGAUAGCAAUAUAAAAGACAUUGAAACUGCUGAGAAAGAACUGGGAGAAUUUAAAGAACAAAAAAAGGAAUUAGAAGCAAAGUUUCGAUCAAUAUGUGAAAAAGAGAUUGUUUGCAAGGAGUCACAGGCAACAGCAAAGGUUAAGUCUACCAGGAUACGUGCAACAAUCAAAAGUGCCAAAUAUAAAGUCAGGCGCUUUCUUAAUUGCUCACUGGCUGAUGAUUUGCUUUAGUUUGGCCAUUUCAUUUCCCAUUAUCCUUAUCCAUGGUAAUAGUUUUAGGGUUGCUUAAUGCAUUGUCCUUUAUGAUCUUAUGACUUGUUUUAAGUUGACUGGUUUUCACUGUUUAAAUUUGUGCUUAGACGACAAUGUCUCUACCUCAUUCGUCAAUGCGUGAUGGAGGAGGAAGAUAUACACAUAGGAUUUGGUUGCAAGUAUAUAUGGUGCUUUGAAUCUGUAGAUCUUCAUCUGCCUGUGAUUCAUAGAAAUUCUAAGGAUGUAUGUGCCUUACUGAUUUGCUUCUUUGAUGACCCUGAGUGCUCUUUAAAUAUGCUUGUAUUAAAUGACUGAUAUAUUUAGCACAAUUAAUGAUCAUGUUUUAAGAUUCC